AUGAGUGCCAUGGCGGUGUGCGUGUGGGCCGCGGCCCCGCUGCUCUUCCUGGGGCUGUGCCUGUGCAGCGUGGGGGGCCAUGCCCAGGGCGAGGUGCUGGAGUUUGGGGGCGUGUCCAGUCAGUGGGGGCGGUUCCCCGUGUGGAACGCGUGCUGCGAGAGCGUUCUGAGCUUCAGUCUGCGGACUCACAGUCAGGAGGGCCUGCUGCUGUACCUGGACGACGAGGGCUUCUGCGACUUCCUGGAGCUGCUCCUGCUGCACGGACACCUGCGUCUGCGCUUCUCCAUCUUCUGCGCCGAGCCAGCCGAGCUGCAGUCCGGUGUCGCCGUGAGCGAUGGCCACUGGCACGCUGUGCGCAUCAAGAGGGACUGGAGGAACACGUCUCUGGAGGUGGACGGGCGGCUGGAGGGCUGGGCGGAGGUGAAGAGUAAGAGGAGAGAUAUGACGGUGUUUAGUCCCACGUUUGUGGGUGGAAUCACGGCGGAGCUGCACUCCUCGCCGCUGCGCCUCACCUCCGCCUCAGUCCGAGAACAUCCGCCUUUCCGCGGCUGGAUCACGGCGCUCAGCGUCAACGGGACCAUGGUCACAAUCGACAGCUCCGAAGGCGUCACCGUGACGACGGGCUGCGGCCCGGACCACCAGUGCCAAAACGGAGGGGUCUGUAGCGUGGUCAACGAACAGGCCGUGUGCGACUGCUCCGACACCGGAUACCAAGGCAACGACUGCAGCGAAGAGCACAUCUACACCCCAGGUCUGGCACACCUGAUGAUUGGCGACCAAGCCCGUGAGGAGUACGUGGCCACUUUCAAGGGCUCAGAGUACUUCUGCUACGACCUGUCUCCAAACCCCAUCCAGUCCAGCAGUGACGAGAUCACGCUGUCCUUCAAGACGCUGCAGAGAAACGGCCUGAUGCUGCACACGGGGAAGUCCGCAGACUAUGUGAACCUGGCACUGAAGAACGGGGCCGUGUCGCUGGUCAUCAACUUGGGCUCCGGAGCCUUCGAGGCCCUGGUGGAACCGGUCAACGGGAAGUUCAACGACAAUGCGUGGCACGACGUCAAAGUCACACGCAACCUGAGACAGGUGACCAUUUCUGUGGAUGGCAUCCUGACCACCACGGGCUACACCCAGGAGGACUACACCAUGCUGGGCAGCGACGAUUUCUUCUACGUGGGAGGGAGCCCCAGCACCGCCGACCUGCCGGGGUCCCCUGUCAGCAAUAACUUCAUGGGCUGUUUGAAAGAGGUUGUGUACAAGAACAACGACGUGCGGUUGGAGCUGUCGAGGCUGGCCAAACAAGGAGACCCCAAGAUGAAGGUGAGCGGAGUCGUCUCGUUUAAAUGUGAAAGCGUAGCCACCCUGGACCCGGUCACCUUCGACACCCCAGAAUCCUUUGUCUCUCUGAGUAAAUGGACGGCCAAGAAGGCGGGCUCCAUCUCCUUCGACUUCCGUACCACCGAGCCCAACGGCCUCAUGCUGUUCAGCCACGGCAAGCCCAAGACCCAAGCCCGCAAGGACCCCCGCACCCCUCCCACCGUCAAGGUGGACUUCUUUGCCAUCGAGAUGCUGGACGGACACUUGUAUCUGUUACUGGACAUGGGAUCAGGGACCACCAAGACCAAAGCCAUCGACCGGAAAGUCAACGACGGGGAAUGGUACCAUGUGGACUUCCAGAGGGACGGCAGAUCAGGUACCAUCUCGGUGAACAGUGUACGGACGGCCUACACGGCUCCUGGAGACAGUGAGGUCCUGGACCUGGACGACACGCUGUACCUCGGGGGGCUUCCAGAAGACCGGGCUGGGCUCAUCUUUCCCACAGAGGUGUGGACCGCACUGCUGAACUACGGCUAUGUGGGCUGCAUCCGGGACCUGUUUGUGGACGGGCAGAGCAAAGACAUCCGCAGACUGGCCGAGGCGCAGAGGGCGGUGGGCGUGAAGCCGUCCUGCUCCAGAGAACCUCCCAAACAGUGCCUGAGCAACCCCUGUCAACACAACGGCAACUGCAGAGAGGGCUGGAACCGCUACGUGUGCGACUGCUCCGGGACGGGGUACCUGGGUCGCUCCUGUGAGAGAGACGCCACCAUCCUCUCGUACGACGGCAGUAAGUUCAUGAAGGUGCAGUUGCCCGUGGCGAUGCACACGGAGGCGGAGGACGUGUCUCUGCGGUUCAGGUCGCAGCGCGCCUACGGGAUCCUCAUGGCCACCACCUCCCGCAACUCUGCCGACACGCUGAGGCUGGAGCUGGACGGAGGCCGUGUCCGACUCACCGUCAACCUGGACUGUAUCAGGAUUAACUGUACCGCCAGUAAAGGUCCAGAGACUAUCUUUGCCGGUUCAGCGCUCAAUGAUAACGAAUGGCACACGGUGAGAGUGGUGCGGCGCGGAAAGAGCCUCAAACUCACAGUGGACGAUCUGCAGCCGGUCGAAGGUCAAAUGGCGGGCGACCACACGCAGCUGGAGUUUCACAACGUGGAGACGGGCAUCGUGACGGAGAAACGCUUCAUGCCCGCGGUCCCCUCCAACUUCAUCGGGCAUCUGCAGGGCCUGACGCUCAACGGCAUGCCCUACAUCGACCUGUGCAAGAACGGGGACAUCGACUACUGCGAGCUCAACGCCGUGAUCGGAUACAAGUCCAUCGUGGCGGACCCGGUCACGUUCAAGUCUCGCUCCAGCUUUGUGACGCUGCCCACGCUGCAGGCUUACUACUCCAUGCACCUGUUCCUGCAGUUCAAGACCACCUCGCCCGACGGACUCAUUCUGUACAACCGCGGGGACGGAAAUGACUUCAUUGUGGUGGAGCUGGUCAAAGGUUACCUGCACUACAUCUCCGACCUGGGGAACGGGGCUCACCUGAUCAAGGGGAACUCCAACUCUCCUCUGAACGACAACCACUGGCACAACGUCCACAUCUCGCGAGACACCAACAACCUCCACGUGGUCAAGAUCGACACCAAAGUCACCACGCAGACCACCAUGGGCGCCAAGAACCUGGACCUGAAAGGUGACUUGUACAUCGGUGGCGUUUCCAAGGAGAUGUACCGGGACCUGCCCAAGCUGGUGCACUCUCGAGAGGGCUUCCAGGGCUGCCUCGCCACCGUGGACCUGAACGGGCGCCUUCCGGACCUCCUGGCCGACGCUUUAGCCACCGUGGGACAAGUGGAGAGAGGAUGUGAAGUUUCAUUGAUGAAAGCUGACUUGCAAGGCCCCAGCACAACCUGUCAGGAGGACUCGUGCUCCAACCAGGGCGUGUGUCUGCAGCAGUGGGAGGGCUUCACCUGUGACUGCAGCAUGACCUCAUACGCUGGGCCUCUGUGCAACGACGGCUCCCAUCAGUCACAGUCUGUGUUGUGUCGGAGCUGCCACGGGAGGGCACUGGCAUCUGUCCGAUCUGACGAGACCAAAGAGCAGUGA